CCACCACAGCAACAGCGGCAGGGGGAGGGCGAGUGGGAGGAGUGGGAGGAGCAGCUGUCUGAGGCAUGGCUGCUGCCUGCGGGGCCGCGCCUUCGUCUGUACCACCAUCAGAAGCACCCGGAGAGGCCUGGCCUGCCAGACUGUGCUCACUAUGUCAGGACCGGCAACUGCAGGUUCGGCAACGAGUGUCGCUACAACCACCCGAAGCUGCGGGUAGAUGCAACCACCGCAUGUGGCUGA